UGUUGAAGAGGUGGUUAAUGAAGAGGGGAAUCUAAUCUUAUCAAUCCAUUCGUACCUCGGCAACCACCUCUCGCUCCUCACGACUCUCCGGGGGCAACAACACCUUGACCAAUAUGUGAUCUUCGAUCAACGAGCUUUUGCUCUUGUUUCUUAAACGUACAAUAUUUGAAAGCGAUGAUGGAAGUUCCAGUCAUCAUCGGCGUCGGCGACGUCAAGAACCGCGAUGUCAACGACCCAAGAGAGCCAGCAACGCUCAUGCUCGAAGCCAUUGACCUCGCUCUCAAAGAUGCUUCAUCGAGCUCAGCAUUGAAGCUUAAAUCUUCAAUAGACAGCAUAGACGUCGUAAAGACUUGGACUUGGCCUUACCCUGACCUACCCAGCCUGUUGUCAGAAAAGAUAGGUGUCCAGGACAGUGUCAAGUGGAAGAACUAUUCCGAACAUGGCGGCAAUCAACCAGGAAAGCUCUUCGACGAGGCUGCAAAACGGAUCGCAAAGGGAGAGUGCAAAGUUGCCGUCAUCACUGGUGGUGAAGCGCUGGCAUCACUAUCUGCAUGUGCAGCAGCCAAAAAGCUGCCUCCGCCAGGUUGGACCACCCCCUCCUCGGCCGUAGAUUCUGUCUUCACACCCACCGGCCGAGACCUGGGAAACAACCUCGGCGCCAUCCACAAGAUCGGUGCCCCCAUACACGUCUACCCAUUGUACGAGAACGCCUUCCGCGCGCACCGCAACCAGACUCUCCAAGCCAACAACGAAGAAAGCGCACAGCUCUACGCCGACUUCAGCACAGUCGCCUCCACCCAGCCCUUCGCCUGGAGCCACGGCAAAACCCUCGACAAAACAGCCAUCGGUACCGUGAGCCCAAAGAACAGAAUGAUAUGCACCCCCUACCCGCUCCUCAUGAACGCCUUUAACACCGUCAACCUCGCCUCCGCCGUAAUCCUAACCUCCACCUCCAUCGCAAAAGCCCUCGCGGUCCCGGAAUCCCGCUGGAUCUACCCGCUCGCUGGCGCCGGCACCUCCGACGCCUCGGAGUUCUGGGCCCGGCCCAACUUCCACACCUCCCCCUCGAUCGAGCGCUCACUGGCCGCCGCGCUCGCCGCCGCGGACACCAGCCCCGCGGAAUUGGACCUUGUGGACAUCUACUCGUGCUUCCCGAUCGUGCCCAAGCUGGCAGCGACCGCGCUCGGGCUGCCGAUAGUCGGUGGCGCGAAGCCGCUCACGCUGCUGGGCGGGCUGACGAGCUUCGGCGGCGCGGGGAACAAUUACAGUAUGCACGCGCUGACGGAGAUGACGCGGCAGCUGCGCGCGGGGCGGGGGCGGAAGGGGCUUGUUCUGUGUAAUGGGGGCGUGCUGAGUUAUCAGCAUGUCGUGGUUCUGGGGACGGAGCCGAGGGCGUCGGGGUAUCCGGUGGGGAAUCCGCUGCCGGAGGUGCUGAGUGAUGUUGAGGUGCCGGCGCUGGCGGAGGAGGCGCACGGGGAGUGUGUCGUUGAGACGUAUACUGUUGAGUUCAAUCGCGAUGGGACUCCGUUGCGAGGCCAUAUUGUUGGACGGCUGAAGAGCAAUAAUAAGAGGUUUCUUGCCAAUCAAGGGGAUGAGAGUACGCUUCGGCAGAUGGCGGAGGGGGCAGUUGAAAUCGUAGGUAAGUCCGGAUGGGUAUGGCAGGAUAAGAAGACGAAAGGGAGAGGCCUUUUCGCUUUUGACAAACCGGCGAAGUUGUAGUCUCGCUUGAGACCAGUAUAUUCACGCCCAGGGACAAUAUGGUCCUUCCUACACAUCACGUCGCCCAUAGAGCACACCACUCAAAGAAAGCCUGAACGAUCUUAACGGCAAUAAUGCACA